CAGGCAGGCAGGAGGAGCUCAGAGAGACCCGAGCAGCAGCCGCCCGAAAUUAGCCAGGCUGUCGGCCAGAGGCUCUGAGCUCAGGGGACCCUACAAAAGGAACCCUCCCCUCUCCUCCCCUGCUGAGCGGUUGCUCCAAUGCACGACGUGAUUAUCCUGGGAGCUGGGAUCAGUGGCCUCUCAGCUGCCAAGCUCCUCUGUGAGCAGGGAAUCAAUGUCCUGGUGCUGGAAGCCAGGGACCGAGUUGGAGGACGCACAUGUACCCUGCACGACCCGCAGUUCGGCUACACGGAUGUGGGGGGGGCCUAUGUGGGGCCCACGCAAAACUGCAUCCUGCGGCUGGCCAAGGAGCUGGGAGUGGAGACUUACCUGGUGGAUGACUCACAGUACAGCCUGGCGGAGAUUCAGGGGUCGGUGCGGAGGUUCAGCGGGGUGAUCCCGCCCAUCUACAACCCGAUUGGCCUCUUGGAUCUGAACCACGCCAUCCGCACGAUCGACAAGAUGGUGGCUGAGAUCCCCCAGGAAACUCCCUGGAAACAUUCUAAUGCCAAGCAACUGGACUGCAUGACUGCCAAGGAAUUCAUCGAGAAGAUAGCAUGGGCUGAAUCCACAAGGAGUUUCCUGAAUAUCUUCAUCAGGACGGUAUUCUGCGUGGAAGCUCAUGAAAUCUCAGCGCUCUCCGUCCUGUGGGCAAUAAAGUGCGGACAAGGCAUUGAUCGGAUUUGCAAUAUCGCUGGAGGGGCCCAGGAGCGGAAGUUUGUCGGAGGAGCGCAGAUGAUCAGCGAGCGAUUGGCCGAGCGGAUUGGGAGGGACAGGGUCCGAUUGAAGUCACCGGUGGUCAGAGUGGAACAGGAGGCCGAAGGUGUCACCGUCACCAGCGAGGGGGGCGAGACGUUCAAGGGGCAAUUUGCCAUCUCAGCUGUGCCACAUGCCAUCCUGCAAAGGAUCCACUUCCACCCACCGCUGCCCGCCAUGAAGGGCCAGCUGAUCCAACGGAUGCCCAUGGGAUCGGUCAUCAAAACGGUCACCUUUUACGAGAGAGCUUUCUGGAAAGAGAGAGGUUUCAGUGGCUGUUCCAUGUCUGAUACCGGGCCUGUUGACUUCAGCAUCGAUGACACAAAGCCUGAUGGGAGCCACCCAGCCAUCAUGGGGUUCAUCCAGGCGGACACGGCACGGAGAAUGAGUCUGGACACCCUCGAGCGCAGGAAAGAAUACGUCUGCAAACAUUAUGCCAAAAUCUUUAAGAUGAAGGAGUUUUUGGAACCUCAAGACUACGUUGAGAUGAAUUGGAUGGAGGAGACCUACUCUGGGGGAUGUUAUUCAAGCUCUUUCGGUCCAGGGGUCCUUACAUCCUUUGGAGAGGCGCUACGCCAACCUGUCGACAGGAUCCAUUUUGCUGGGACGGAACUGGCCAAUGAGUGGGCUGGGUACAUGGAUGGCGCGGUGCAAGCGGGUGAGAGGGCAGCUCGUGAGGUGUUACACAAACUUGGAAAGACCGGGCCGGCCGAGGGCCUUCAGCCUGAACUGCCGCCGGCCAACGCCUCGCUCGCCCCGGCGGAGACCUCCUGGCUCUUGGGCGCCUUGCCCUCCGUCGACACCCUCCUCCGUUUCGGCGGGAUCGCCCUUGCUGCCGGCUUGGCCUGGUUGUUCCAGUCAAAGCUCUGAGGAAGAAUCGCGUUGGGACUCGAAACAUCUGGCUCUGUCCCUUCCCGCUAAGCACGCCCAGCAUUUUCUGCUCUUAUCUGAAAGUGCUGAAGAUGUGGGCAUUGGCACUAUCGGGGUUUGGUUG